CAGAAAAGGGGGCGGGGGACUCGGCUUGUUGUGUUGCUGCCCGAGAACCGGAGACGGUCCUGCUGCGGCCGAAGCUCUUCCAGCCGCCAGACCAUGUCGUCUCAUUUAGUCGAGCCGCCGCCUCCCCUGCACAACAACAACAACAAUUGCGAGGAAGGGGACCAGCCUUUGCCGCCGCCAGCCGGCCUCAACAGUUCCUGGGUGGAGCUACCCAUGAACAGCAGCAACGGCAAUGAUAAUGGCAACGGGAAGAAUGGGGGUCUGGAGCACGUCCCUUCCUCGUCCUCCAUCCACAACGGGGACAUGGAGAAGAUCCUUCUGGACGCACAGCACGAAUCAGGACAGAGCAGUUCAAGAGGCAGCUCUCACUGUGACAGCCCCUCGCCACAAGAAGACGGGCAGAUCAUGUUUGACGUGGAGAUGCAUACCAGCAGGGACCAUAGCUCUCAGUCAGAAGAAGAAGCUGUAGAAGGAGAGAAGGAAGAGGCUUCGAAGAAAAGUGCAGACUGGGUCUCAGACUGGUCCAGCAGACCUGAAAACGUGCCACCCAAGGAGUUCCACUUCAGACACCCGAAGCGCUCCGUGUCUCUGAGCAUGAGGAAGAGCGGAGCCAUGAAGAAAGGGGGCAUUUUCUCGGCGGAGUUUCUGAAGGUGUUCAUCCCGUCUCUCUUCCUUUCCCACGUUCUGGCUCUGGGGCUGGGCAUCUACAUUGGAAAACGGCUGAGCACACCUUCCGCCAGCACCUACUGAGGAAGGGACGCUGCUGGAGACACGCUGGCCUGUGAAGUGGUGUAUUGUUGUAGUUUAUCUGAACUUGAGACCAUCGUAAGCAUGACCCAACCUACCACCCUGUUUUUACACAACCAAUCCCAGUAACUCUCCAAUCAGUAUUUUAUUCAAACUCUGAUGAGGCAUUUUACUAACCUUAUUCCCUUUUUGGCCUGUAAGACACUUUAGAAUUUCCUAACAGUUUACCGUUGUUUAGAAAUUUGCAAGGGCUUCUUUUCCUCAACCGCCACCAGCAGAGUAUAAUUUUGUCAGCAGCGCUGUCAUCUCCUGUUAGCACCGAGAGAAUUAGAGCUGUGUCAUCCAUGGCAGAAAUUUUACUCUGGCAGUGAAGCUACCGUCUCUCUCUCAAAACAAGAUCAGGUUAGCAUAAGCUUUGUUUUCCAGCACAAAGACAAGCUUGUCUGAGCUUGAAUUUAUAGUUAUUAAAAAGAAAAAAACAAAAAACACAAAAGACAAGAGAAAAUAUCCUGGGCAAUAAAAAGUUAUUUUCAACCAGCUUUGGAGCCACUUUUUUUCCAAGCCUCCUAAUAGCGCCUUUUAAUUCGUAGGAGGCAGGCUGUAUAAAUGGUAGGUAGGAGAUAGAAUAAGAACUAAACUACAUCAGCAGAUUUUAAUACUAGUAUGUUGUAAUGCUGUCUUUUCUAUGGUGUAGAAUCUUUAUUUCUGAUAAGGAACGUCUCAGGCCUAGACAUAUAUGAAACUGCUUUUCAGAUUUUUGUGUGUGUUUGGUAUUUCCAUAUGUUAGCUGCAUGUGAAUUUUUCAUGACUCUUCAAUUAUUUUUUAAUUUCUUUUAUUCCUAUAAGAAGAGAUUUUGGGAUGAGUCCAAUUUAUGGUGUUAAUCCAGGCUUCUUGUUUUAGGAAGCUUCAAUUAUACUCUGAAGCCUUUAAACUCUGAAGAAAAUCACUUCAGAGUUAUUCCAAGCACUUGUGCAACUUUGAAAAACACCCAAGGGUGGUGGGAGCAGAGCUCUGGACAGGUGCCGCUUGCGUUCGCAUGGCCCUGCUCCCAGGGCUCGCUGUGCCGUCUUCCCGCGGUGGCCCUGUGAGGCCGCAGGCCCCAGGGUUCUCAUGUAGCUGUCUUUCAAUGACGUCCCACUCCUGACGUUCCUGAACACUCAGCAGAUUCCUUCAGUGACAUACUUUUUCAUUUGUUUCUAAAAUGUGAAGCUUUAGGACCAAAUUGUUAGAAAGCAUCAAGAUUACGGAUUAUUUUGCGUAGGUUUUGUUGGAUUCCAGAACGUCCAGCAUGACUCCGAAAGAUACUACUAUAUGUUUUAUAUAUAAAUAAUUACUGUUUAUGAUAUAGGCCUUGCUAUUGACUAUUUAGAGAAGCAUUGUUAAUCUUAAAGCUAGCAAUCUAUAAAGUGCAUCAGGUUAACUUGAAUAAAACACUAUUGUAACAACCAGGUUUGCCAGUUUGCAGAAGCUAACUCUUCUCUCUCACGUCAAGGUUUGUAAAACUGCCGUGGUACAGUGGAAAAUAACACAGAUUAAAGAAAAACGUUACUUUCUAUCUUUCUUCAAGAACGUAGCUGGCUGUCUUUAAGAGUGAUGAUACAUCCAAAACAGUUUUGUGAAUGAUUUUAUUUUUCUUUGUAGAAUUUGAGGUCUAAAUAAUUUUAGAUACUGUACCUUGUUUCUGUCUUACUCUUAAACCUGGUAACACUUGAUUUGCCUUCUGUUUAUUUCAAGUGUUCACAUUGGAAUUUCUUUGGAAAAAAGGAAACCCACUGUCUUUCGAAAAGUCUGGAUAAAAUUGGGAAGGCUGGUAAAGCCAAGAGACCCAAAUAGCUGUGCUAAAAUGUUGUAAUGUACAAUUUGUAUUACAAUUGGUAUUCUGGGAGAGAAGAGUAAAAAUUACACUAUAAGUAAGAGCAUCUUUUUAUGGGCAGUACAUUGUACUCUUUCUAAAUUCAGUAGCAAUUUUAUCCGUAGUGCCAUUGAACUUCGGGUAUGUUUAUGAUUUUUUUUUCCAACAUUGAAAACAAAUUGACUUUUGCCCUAUUUCUUAAAGUUUCUGUAAAAUUACAGAAUGUUAACUGAAAAUGAAUAUAUCAUCACAUUAGAACUUCUGUAAGGGGAGCUCAUGCAGUAUUUAUUGAUAGGCCUAACAUAUGGGCCAGAUGUUUAUUCUCUCCCCAGAUUUUUGUUGAAUGAGACAGAUUGAUUGGAAAGGCCAUUAACAACAGCUGAAAUUCUAAGAUUAAUGUUUAAAGAGCUUUACACCUGUUUACAAUUUGGGGAAGAAAAGACAGGCUUUUUUCUUACGUCUGAUGAGAACUGGCUUAAGAUGUUCAUAUGUACAACCAACAGCGAAAGUGCCCUGCCUUGCCGGGUGACAACAGCAACGUGUCACCCUGACUGAGUACAAACAUUUGCUAUAAAAAGGAAGAUUGACAACUCAGCCUGUGAGGUGAAUUCCUAACUGAACCAGUUGUUGAAAUUAUUGGAAUUAACUGAGCCAAAGUGAUUAUGCAUUCUUCAUCUAUUUAGUUAGCAUUUUGUAUCAUUAUAUACAGUUUACAAUACAUGUAUACCUUGUAGCUAUAAACAUUUUGUGCCAUUAAAGCUCUCACAAAACUUUC